GAAGAAAUUAGAUGAGGUUGUAGUUUUGUAGUCACAGAAGUACAAGGCACUCUUACAAUAUGUUCAAAUACAUCGCUUUAUUCGCCGUUCUCUUCGCCUUGGCUAUCGCCGAGCCUGAAGCAAAGGCGGAAGCCAAACCGCAGUAUGGAGUAGCGGCAUACAAUUAUGGAGCUUCACCCUACCACCGCGGAUCCUACCCUUACAGCUACGGGGCCUACCCUUACGGUCAUGGCGCUUAUGCCCACAGCUACGGCGCUUACCCUCAUAGCUACAACUACGGUGCCUAUCCCUACAGCCAUGGCGCUUAUCCGCACAGCUACAACUACGGCGCCUACCCCUACAGCCAUGGACACCACGCCUAUUCGUCUGCUUAUUCUCAUUACCCACAUGCCGGGUACGGUUAUUAUUAAAUUCACGAGCGAUUUUAAAUGUUAUGCGAAUUAAUAAAUAUAAAUA